AGACCUGAAAUCUGCUUGGUGUCGGAAAAACGAGAGGAAACAUUGACAGGAACUACAUUUAUUUCAUUAUUUUCAUCACAAUGUGACACCUUCUCCAUUGUAUUCUAACAACUUUUUAAAUGUACAAUAUGUUUAUUAGAUUUGUGUGGGAGCAGUUGUACUCUACAGCAGCAGAGAGAUUGAACCCUGAUCAGUUUUGACGUGAAGGUUGUUCCAUGUUCCAGGGAUGUAUUACAUUGAUCCUAACCAGGGCAGCCCAGCUGAUGCCAUUCUGGUCUACUGUGACUUCACUGCAGCACCAAAGACCUGUCUGUCUCCACUCCAUCCUCAGUUUGAGUAUCCAGGACCGGAUGUAGUGCAGAUGAGGUUCCUUAGGUUAAACAGCAGGCUCACCAGUCAGAACAUUACCUACUCCUGCCAGCCUGGGAACAGACAGGGACCAGGGGAAAGAGAGGUGAAGUCCCUGGCAGACACACGAAGACAAAGUUACCUGGGGACAUUACGAUAUUAUGGGUCCUCUGAGGAGCUGGAUUCCGGAGACCGUCAUGAGUCAGGGUUCCAGUUUGAGAGCGAGGACCUCGAUCUGCUUCCUCUGAGAGAUCUGGCAGUGUUCGGAAGCAGUGACCUCACACAGGAGUUUGGAUUCACUGUCGGGCCUGUGUGCUUCAGCUAAAGGAAGAGAGACACUCCCUCUAAGGACUGGCAAGAGCAGAGACAACAAUGAGACAAUCACCAGACAACCUCCAGCUAAUGGGGAAAUGACUCAGAGAAACUGGAAAGAGACAGAGAAAGGCAUCAGCAUCUCUCCACUUCUCAUGACAGAAUUGUUUAUUGACAAAGUAGAAGUACCAAUCAACAGGACAAAGUCUGUUUUCUCUCUCCAAAGGUUAACCAGUUAACAAACAUGAACUGGUUGGUCUGUGGCCAGGGAUAUUCUUGAGAGAAAGUAUCUUUGUAUUUUGUGUACACUGAUUUCAUUUGUGAUAUUGAAACAUGCUUAUUUAUGUAAUUGGUUUAAAUGAUGGCGGUUUCCUUAAAUGUUUAUGGUGCUAUAAUUCUGUUUUUUACAAACAUUCCCAUACUUAAUUCAGGUAUGUUCUUGACCAAGAGCACUGUGGUUUCAACCUUCACUGCCGCAACUUAACAAUGUGUCCCAAAUCUGUGCUCACUCUACCCUUACAUCCCAAGUUAGAAACUAAGAAACAUAUCAAUAUUGAUCCCUUGGUCAAAAAGUAGGAAGACUAAUACAAUGAUGAUUAUUAGGAGCUAUGACAAUUAAUUAAUUGUAUUUGGUGAUAACAUUUUAUGCUUUCUUGCGGCACCUGAUAGGCUACUGCAUCUAACUACCAUUUGUGAAAUUGUGAUGUUUUGAUGUCUGUUGAUACAGAGGAACAAUGCGGUACUAUAAAACAUGUUGUCAAAGUUGAUGUAUAUAGGUCAUUCAAUAAUACCAAAGUUGACGUUUUCUGUAGAUUCUUUGUGUCUCCUGUGUUUUUACCUCACUGCACCUUAUUAUGAUGUCCCUGCUAGAGGCUUAUCUUUGUCCCUCCUCAAUUUACCACAUGAUUUUACACCCUGACCUGGCUUUAUUCUACCAUGAACCCCAACCUGAGAAGCUUUGACAAGGGAAAAAUGACUCCCCAGUUCUGUGAAAAACAGUUCUGAUUCGAAUGGAAAUACUCCAGGAGGGACUUUGUGGUGGCUGCUCUUGAUAAUGUGCCUACAAUUGAUUCUGGAUUUCAUGCAGCAGGCUUUGAACAUGCUAUGGAACUUCAAUGGCAGAGACAAAUGUAUCUUUUACUCAGUUUCAUCUUUGCUUAAAGAUGUGUGUUUGUAAAUUGUGUGAUUUACUUAAUUUAUUUGCUGGCCAUUUUUUUUCAAGUGUUUUAAAUAUCCAUUCAAUGAUAUAUAUAUAUCUCUCAUUCAUAUUCUCUCAUGUUUUGUAAUAUGCACAUGAGAUACCAGUACAUUUUGGGGGUUUCAACUGAAAUAUAUGAAUAAAUUAAAGUAUUGUACUAAUUUAUUCAUAAUUAAUUGGUAUUGCCCCUCCCCAAAAAGCAUCCAAACAAGUGGAAAAUAUAAGCCAUUUUAAUUCAAACUUAAAGUAAUUAAAAAGCGAUGUGAUUUGACUACAUUAGAUUAAUGAAAAUUAACUACCAAUGAAGCUAUGAUGUUUCAUGAAAAUAAUCGGGCGAAGUGUUGACAUGAGAGAAAGGCGAUAGCUACAAUGUAUCGUUCUCAGACAUAGUUGCCUCUGCUCAGAUGACUUUUUCCUGACACUGAGCAUAGACAUUUCUGCUGCUGUUGAGUAGAGGAUCAUUCUCUUCGAGCACUGGGCCUAUGACUUCACCGUGGGGUGGGCUGGAGACAUGCACCCACCAUCAAGGGAGGACUUUGUGUCUUUAACCCUCACUGGACAAGGAAGUGGCAUCUAUAAUAACAGUAAACAGUGGAGAAGAAAGUCCUGCUGGAGGAAAUGGAAACGGUUAUCCAGAUUGCAGCGCAACCUAAUCCUCUUCACCGUGGCUCUCAUGUUAGUUUGUGGGAUUUCUACUUAUCCCAGUGUCACAGAACAUUUCCGAGGCCUUACUGUUGUUGCGAAGGAGGAAGGGGACCAUGCUCUGAAACCUGUCAUCCAUGAGGUCCAACCUGAGUUGGACAAACUGAACCGACCGCUAGUACCAGAGUCACCUUCAGAGAAGCAGAAGAGGGCAGCCCACAAGCGUGGGCCACCCAGCCUGCAGAACCGACUGCAAAAGAAAGGGAACGUGUCAGAUACCCAGGUGGAGAAAGAGGAGGGAGAGAAGCCACUUGUUAACUGGCGUGUGGCCAUGAUGGACCAAGCCACUGAAAGAGGAACUGCCAAGGAAGCAGCGAACAAGGUGGAUGUCCCAGCGGUUGAGCAAGAGGGCCAUUCACACAAGGAGCCAGAAGUCGAUAGGCUUGAGGCAGUACGUGAUGCUUUCAGACAUGCAUGGAAGGGCUACAAAGAGUUUGCCUGGGGGAAAGAUGAGCUGAGGCCCAUGUCUAAGUCCUAUGGAGAGUGGUUUGGCCUAGGCUUGACCCUAAUUGAUGCACUGGACACAAUGUGGAUCCUCAACCUCAAAAAAGAGUUUGAGGAGGCUAAGACCUGGGUGUCCACAGAGCUGUCCUUUAAUAAAAACGUGGAUGUGAACCUGUUUGAGAGCACCAUCCGUAUCCUGGGCGGCUUGCUGAGUACUUACCAUCUGACUGGAGACAUUCUGUUCCUGGACAAGGCUAAAGAUAUAGGAACGAGGUUAAUGCCUGCCUUCAACACCCCGUCCAAGAUCCCUUACUCAGAUGUGAACAUUGGGAAGGGUACGGCCCAUCCCCCUCGAUGGACGUCGGACAGCACUGUUGCGGAGGUCACCAGCAUCCAGCUGGAAUUUAGGGAGCUGAGUCGCCUCACUCAGGACACACGCUACCAGGCUGCAGUGGACGAGGUCAUGCAGAAAGUCCACAAGCUGGAGGGGAAGCAGGAUGGCCUCGUCCCCAUGUUCAUCAACACCAACAGCGGCCAGUUCACCCAUUUGGGGAUGUUCACGCUGGGUGCACGGGCAGACAGCUACUACGAAUACCUCCUCAAACAGUGGAUCCAGGGAGGCAAGAAGGAGACGGCGUUGCUGGAGGAUUACCUGCAGGCCCUGGAGGGAGUGAAGAAGAACCUGCUGAAGAAGUCCUCUCCGAACAGGCUGACCUUCGUAGGGGAGCUUUCCCAUGGCAGGUUCAGCCCCAAAAUGGACCACCUGGUGUGUUUCCUCCCUGGGACCCUGGCUCUAGGGGCCCACCACGGCCUGCCAGCCGAACACAUGGAGCUGGCCAAGCAGCUGAUGGAGACCUGCUACCAGAUGUAUGCCCAGAUGGAGACUGGCCUGAGCCCUGAGAUUGUCCACUUUAACAUGCACGAGGGCAGCAUCGGAGAUGUAGACGUGAAGCUUGCAGACAGACACAACCUCCUGCGCCCUGAGACGGUGGAGAGCUUGUUCUAUCUGUACAGGUUCACUAAAGACCGGAAGUACAGGGACUGGGGCUGGGAGAUCCUCCAGAACUUUAACAAGUAUACCAAGGUUUCUACUGGUGGCUACACGUCCAUCAACAACGUCCGGGACCCAGAGUACCCCAGCCCCCGGGACAAGAUGGAGAGUUUCUUCCUGGGGGAGACUCUCAAAUACUUCUACCUGCUGUUCUCAGAUGACCCGGAGCUGCUCAGUCUGGACAAGUAUGUGUUCAACACAGAGGCUCACCCCCUGCCCAUCUGGCCCACUGCACAGUGAGAGAUACACAGGGCAAGUCAACAUGAAGCACACAUACAGUAAUACAUCACAGCUCAGGGCUUGGCUAUCACCAAUAUAUCUUGUUAUACCUUAUUGUAUAUCUCAGUGACUCAAAUUUGGGUUGGUUUACCCUCUCCUAAAUUGAAAACUCUGGGAGAAAUGCCUAUUUUUAAAAGCCAGAAUUCAUUGUUUCUUUAAAAAGUGAGGGGGGGGGGGUAGCAGCAGUGUUGGGGUGAGAUUGAAGCAUAGUAGCUUUGAUAUAUAUUUUGUUAUCUUUGUCUGUUCUCGCCACAUUGCUGCUGAGGGGGCCUGUCUAUCCUCUGAUAAUGACAGUUGUUUACUCUGAAGGAAGAGUGGAAAACAUGAGGCAGCCAAGCUAUGUCCUUGGCUCAUCAUGGUCAUUUUGUACACCAACACUAGAGAAAGAUAUGAGCGUGACUGGACUCCAAGCUGUGCCUAAAUUGGAGGCAGCAGCAGCCUGAGAGGAAGUGCUAGUUUGACAGAAUACAGCACUGAGUGACAAGUGACACCCCCUAUCAUGGACUUCCCACAUGAAGAAAGUCUAUAGUAUACUAUGGUAUAAAUCACUGUAGUGUAUACUGUAGUAUUUACAGUUAACUAUAUUAUAAACACUGCAGUAAAGGAGAACAGUAGUAUUUACUAGAACAUUCUAUAGUAAGUACUACACAUAGUUGAGGGAUACUACAGUGUAUAGUAUACUACCGCUUACUAUGGAAUUCUAUAGUACGUACUGUAGUAUUCAUAAAAAA